CUCAUGAUUUCUUCAUAACAAUCUUGGAAUGAUUUUUAUCAAAUUCCAAAAUAGAACCAAAAAGGGGGAAAAAGAAAACCCAGAAGAAACAGAGGAAAAAAAAAACAAUGUAAAUUAUAAUCCCCCCCAAAAAAUCUAUUUAACAUAAUAUUCAAAAACGGUCAACAGUUGACCGGCGGGAAAUUAAAGAAUGCCUGGCGCGCAAAUAAACGGCAAGAAGACGACGGACGGAAAUUUAACCGUUAAAGAAGACCGACGCGCAAUUAACCGGUAAGAGGGUGAUCGGAAGGGUAUAGGAAGAUGACCGGCGCGUAACAUAAACGGUAAGAAGAUGACCGGAAAUUGCAGACCCAUUCCAAUUGGUGACUGGCGAACGCAGACCCAUUCCAUUUGGUUCAAUCUAUUUCUCUCGUUUCUCUCUGUUUUACUCUGUUUGUGGUUUCGUGAGAUUGAAGAACAAUGGGCAGAGGAACAUUGAACCUUAAACUGAUUCCCAACCUCAAAUCUCGGAGAACAACCUUUGUAAAGAGGAAGAAAAGCCUAAUGAAGAAGGCCUACGAGCUUUCCACCCUUUGCGAUGUUCAAACCUGCGUUUUCAUCGCUUCUGACUGUGACCCAUCAACCCACUUCGAAACUUGGCCUCCCAAUCACGAUCAAAUCCACUCUAUGAUCCGUUCAUAUAAAUCUCAUUCUUUCCCCAAACUAUCCCGCAACUCUUAUAAUCUCCACCAAUUUUUCUCUCAUCGUAUGAACAAAAUCGCAACAGAGACGUCUAAGCUUCGUCACAACGUUGACAAAUUCAAGGAUCGCCACCUCGAUUCUCUAUCUGAACAUCAAUUGGAGGAGUUGUUGGCUUCUCUGGAUUCCAAAAUUGGAGUUGUAGACGGCAUGAUUCAGUUUAUGGAGGCUGAUUAUGAUCACUUGAUUGAGGAAGUAUCUGGAUUUUCGAGUAUUGACACACCAUCAUUCCUUCCUUCUGAAACAAAGGAAACCCCUGAAUUAGACAUAACGGAGUGGUUGAUUGGGACAAAUGGGCUUGAAUACAAUGUCGAGGAGUUCAUGGAGACCGAUAACGGUCACUUGAUUGAGGAAACAUCCGGAAUUUUAAGCAUUGACACACCAUCAUUCAGUCCUUUUGAAACAGAGGAACUCGACAUAUCGGAGUUGUUAAUUGGGCCAAAUGGGCUUGAAUACAAUGUCGAGGAGUUCGUGGAGGCCAAUAAUGAUCACUUGAUUGAGGAAGCAUCUAGAAUUUCAGGCAUUAACACACCAUCAUUCAGUCCUUUCGAAACAGAGGAACUCGGCAUAUCAGAGUUGUUGAUUGGGACAAAUGGGCUUGAAUACAAUGUCGAGAAGCUCAUGGAGGCCAAUAACGAUCACUUGAUUGAGGAAGCAUCUGCAAUUUCAAGCAUUAACACACCAUCAUUCAGUCCUUUCGAAACAGAGGAACUCGACAUAUCGGAGUUGUUGAUUGAGCCAGAUGGGUUUGAAUACAAUGUCGAGGAUUUUCAAUCUCUGUUAGAGGACGAGCUUGUCGGAACCCUGGUUUAG